AGUGUAUGAAAAAAGCUGACUGUCAUAAUAUGCUAGACGACAGUUAGUCAGGGAACAACAUGUGUUUGUGUUGCCAUAGAAGCUGCACGGGUCAUAUUGGGGAAGCUCUUCGCUGUGUGACUUACUUAUUUGAUCACCAGUUGAUUUUCUCAUGCCCAACUUCAACUUUAAUAUCUGGAACUUAUAUUUUAUUCUUCUUACCCCUUUACGCUUGCUUCUCAAAAGACACUAUCCACUCUCUAAUCAAUAAUGUCAUCAGCAGCCAGCAGAUUAGAAGCUAUCAAGAACCAGGUCCUUUACAGCGGUCCUGCCACUGGAAAAGAGGAUAUUGCACGUGAAAGAGCCAACACUAGCUUCGACAUCGAUGCAAUGAAGAACUUCUGGGCUGGUGGUGCUGAGGCAUACGAUACCCUGCAAAAAGCCUAUGCCAUGAUUAAAGAUGACCCUGAAAUGAUCGUUCAGGCUCCACGAAACUUCCAUGAACUGACUAGAGAUGAACAUCGAGAAUUUACUAUGGGCCAGAUUUACAGAACCAUCCAGCUCACUCAGGAUAUCAAAGACCCCAAGAUGCUCGACGCAUUAAGAACGGCCAUGAUACAAUACUCUGAGAGUUUCUCCAUGCGUUUCUAUGUGCACGAAUUUUUGUUUAAGGGUGCAUUGAACAUGUUUGGCACCGACGAACAGAAGGCUGAAUGGCUCCCCAAAAUUGAGAAAUGCCAGGUACUCGGCUGCUUUGCUAUGACUGAGCUUGGACAUAGUUCGUUUCUGAGAGGUUUGGAAACUCGGGCAACUUUCGAUGUGGAGAGAGACGAAUUCGUCAUUGAGUCUCCGACUGUUACGUCCACAAAAUGGUGGAUUGGUAUGGCCGCCCAUACUGCCACUCACACAGUUGCGCUCUGCCAAACUUAUAUACAUGGCAAAAAUCAUGGCAUUAACUGGUUUAUUGUUCCCCUUCAUGACCGUGUGAAUGGUGACUUAGUUCCUGGCGUCGUCACUGGUGACAUUGGCGCAAAGUACGGUCGCGCAGGUCUGGAUAAUGGCUGGAUUCAAUUCAGAGGUGUCAGAGUCCCACGUACCAACAUCCUAGGCAAAUGGGUAUCCGUCACUCGCGACGGUACUUUUAAUCCUGCUCCCAAUCCUGCUGUCAUGUAUGGUACGUUGAUUCCAGAACGCCUCAGUAUUACCACGGGCUGUCGUAUCAUGAUGGGUCAAGCUCUAUUGAUUGCUUCCCGAUACGGUGUGGUGAGACGACAAGGAGCCAAAAAUCAGCAGAUUAUGGACUAUCAGAGCCAUUGUGUCAAUUUGAUGCCAGGCAUUGCUUUCCAAUACGUCCUGCGCUUGACCGAACAAGUGUUCCAAGAUCAAUUCCAAAACCUGACUUCCAACGGAAAGAUGGACCCCAAGACAUAUCUUGAAAACGUUGGUGAUAUGCAUGCUGUAUCAGCAAGCAUCAAGGCAGCUUGCACCUGGUUCGGUAGCGACGUACUUGAGAGCUGCCGUAGGGCUUGCGGUGGACAUGCCUAUUCAGCUUACAAUUCAAUCGGUGGAAUUAUCCAAGAUUGGGGUGUGGUGACAACUGGCGCUGGUGACAAUGUCGUUCUGCUGCAACAGACUGGAAAGUACAUGCUGUACGGUUUCAAGGAAGUAGUUGAAGGUCGCACCGCACGUGGAAGUAUCGACUUCCUCAACAACUACUCAGAAUGGUUAGCUCAAGAUACUUGCAAAGUGGACGAUGAACGGGACUGGCUCCAUCCUUCCGUGGCAGCUGAUGUUCUCACAUGGAUCAUUGUUAAACAGUUGGAAGUCGUCGCCACCACCAUUGCUGGAUCUCAAGACAGCUUCCAAGAAGCUUUCAAUCAAAAUAUGUUGCACAUCGUUCGCAUUGCCGAAGUCCAAUGCUUCACUCAUCUUCUUAAAACAUUUAUUACUGCUAUUGAUGAUCUUGAAAAGCAGCAAAAAGGCGCUAGCAACAAAUUUGAGCAUGCAGAUAUCCCUACUUUGAAAAAGUUAGCCUCCCUUUGGGGUCUUCAUGUGCUCUUCAAGUAUAUGGAUUUUGCCACCAUGGAAGGUUAUUUGACAGCGUCUCAAGCUCGUGCUAUCCAGUCCCAAUACUAUAAGAUUUGUAUGGAAUUACGCAAAGACGUUAUUGGCCUCACUGAUGCAUGGGGCGUUCCAGACUUUAUUCAUAAAGCUCCCAUUGGUAAAUAUGACGGCGAUAUCUAUCCAGAAUACUUGAAAACUCUUGUCGAUGCUCCUGGCUGCUUCGGGCCUCCUCCAUACCAUUCCAAGUACAUCAAACCCCUCACUGAUCCUUCUUUGAACAAAUAAAGAAAGACGGAACAUGGCCGAUUGACGGACCUUCUAAACGUCUUGUAACUUAUAAUCCUACAAUACAA